GUUCAUGGAACCGAGGCGCAGAAAGACCGGUGUCAAACAGCGCACAGUCCAGGCGGUUUUCUAAGUACUUGUAUACUUGUACUCGCCAGAAACAACGUACUAGAUACAUGGGGUACAGAAAUAACAUUCAAACCGAUAAAUAUAUAUCCCAAAAAUAAACAUCGGAUUUAAUAUUCACUUGGCGAGCAUUCUUCCCACAAGAAACAUAUGUAUACAUUGCAGUUGGGCCCGCCCCCUUUUCGCUCCGUGCGCUAAGAAAAAAAUUCGCCGCUUUUGAGUGACGGUUUUAGCGACAGGUCUCUAUGUUAUUUGUCAAAUGACUAGAGAGCGAAACGGUGGAAAUCGACAGCCCGAGCGUUUUAAAGAAAGAAUAAUUAUAAUUGGUAAACGUUUUACGGAACUAAAUAAUGUGUUGAUAGUAGGUUAUCAUAAUUCUUUUGUGGAUUUUUUUUUUUACACCGAUGCUGGUAUUCACCAGAAGCACCACCCCUUGUGAAUGAGAUACAGUGACGGCGCACGCGACACAGGCAGUUUAAUUUUGAUCUUCGGAGAGAGGAGGAGAGUUUUUUAUUGUUUAUCAACAAUCUGUUAAUUGGGUGUUAGAGAAAAUUGAAGGUGACGUUGGUCGGAUUUUAACGGGUGCAGAACGCUAUUUAUGUCUUAUCGAGUUUGUGAGAAAGCAUGUGGAAAUUGACACAGUUUAAGAUUCUGAGCGGUAAACCCCCCGGAAUGAGUUGAUCUUCAAAUAUACACCAUUUUAUGUCAGGUUUACCAUGGAAAUCGACAAGUGUUCAAAAUCAAGUAGUACCGAGAAGAUGAUGAUUUUGAUGGUUUUGUCAUUUGUCCUGAUGGUGACAGUCUCCGCACUCGGUCCCCCACAGUAUGUAGGUGAUGGAAGAAGUCGACAAAUCGCGAGAGUAAAUCAUACCAAAAAAUUACUCUGUCCUGUAGCAGGGGACCCAUUUCCUUUCAUAGAGUGGAAGAAAGACGGUGAAAGUAUAAAUGAAUUAUGGGAAAAACAUAAAGUUCUUAAGGAUGGAUCUUUACGCAUUAAGGACAUAGAGGUGGAGAAUGCUGGGAAAUAUGUGUGUAAAGCAACCAAUGGAUUUGGCAGUAUCUCUGUAAACUACACAUUAGUUGUUCAUGAUGAAGAGAAAGAUGUGGUAUCUGUGGAUGGUACGGAAGUUUACGCCAAGUCACAUGAGGAGGAUCUCACCAAGGAAGGAGCACCACCACAAUUCACGAACCCCGAGAAGAUGAAAAAACAGAAGAUCACAAGACCAGUCAACAGCUCACUCCGGCUUCGAUGCAAAGCGUCCGGAAAUCCACGUCCUCAGAUCACUUGGGUAAAGGACCAGCACAGUCUGUACCAACGAGAAGGAGGACGGAAGCCCUCCUGGACUCUGCGACUUCCAGAUCUGCAGCAGACAGACUCGGGACAAUACACCUGUGUUAUCAGAAAUCGCCUGGGGUCUAUAAACUUCACUUACCACAUUGAAGUCAUUGAUAAAAUUAUGUCCAAACCUGAGUUACUGCCACCUCAUCCGAUCAACACCACGGUCAACAUCGGGGAAACAGCGUCACUUCAGUGUAAAAUAAACAGCGAGAUGCAGCCACACAUACAGUGGCUGAAGCGAGUAGAUGACCCCAGAUUCAUGUCCAACAACACCAUCAUACUUAGUAAACAGCCUUUUGUCAUCUUGAAGGCGAGUGAAAUCGGGAGCGGAUCUGAUGGAACGUACCUGAAUAAAUUUGUAAUUCAUCAUGUUACCGAGGCAGAUGGAGGGAUGUACAUAUGUCUGGCGGCCAACACUAUGGGAUUUAGCUGGAGAAGUGCACAUCUCAUUGUUAGAUCUAAUCAUCAGCAUAACCAGUAUUCCUACACAAUCGAUCGAAGCAAUUUAAAUCUUCCACUGGUGAUUGGUGUACCUGGAGGAAUCCUCUUCCUUGUGAUCAUCAUCGCUUUCCUCUUCUUCCAACAUCGACGAAGGGCCCAGUACCACCAGGGAACCAUUGUGAAUGGGCCACAUUUUAACCGAGUGCCCACCCAGGACCCAGACCCCUGUUUGGGUGCUAUACAUGCAAAUGAUGUGAAAACUAACAUUCAUGUGAACCCUAUACAUGGGCCACAUCACAAAAACUUGUAUGUGGGUGUUCCUAGUCCUCAUCAUAUGUUAUCAAGUCGAGAGAUGUUAUCGAAAAAUAGCCAGAGUAUAGAUUUUUACACAGACAUUUCUUCCGUUUCACAAAGUCAUCAUCCACAUCAUCACAUGCAGCAGUAUUCCUACAAUGGAUCCUGAACACAAGAGUCAGAAAUCGGAAAAUACCUCACUCCCUAAAACUGUGAACAUCUAACAAAAGCAGGGUUGGAUGAUCCCAUGUGGAACACUGAGUCAUAUUGAUUGGAUGAGGAACACUUAACGGUGGUAGAAGACAUCUUGUGAAUGGACAAAAGCAUUUCAUUGAUACAAAGAAACCUGUGAUAUAAACUACGUCACUGACCACUUGGUGCUGUUACUCAGGUGUGUUUGGUUGGAAAUACUUGGUACCAUGAUGAGGAAAAAUGUGCUGCAAUGUGACUGCACACAAAGAGAUCUGUGAAUUUGACACAAAAACCUGUGACACAAUACUGUAGUAACACUACAAUGCUGUGAUAAAAUGGAGUUCAACAAGUUGUACCAAAGAUGUCUGUUACUGGGAUGUAGACCUGAGAAAAAAGUACACACUGCAUUUGUAUGUAGCAAGUGAAUUGUACACUUCAAUCAUUUUUCCAAUCAAAAAUUGUGCCAGUCUGUGAGGAGAGAGAAAGAAAGAGAGAGAGAGAAUACUUAGACUGUCCAGGUAGUCUGUGGUGUGUGGGGUUACUGUGUAUUAACUUUGUAUGUGUUUAUGUCUGAUGUAUGGUAUUGUGUGGUAGGGAGAAUGCACAACUGGAUGUAAAGGGGCAGUGGCUGCCUGCCGCCUAAUUCUUAUGAUGUUAUAUAUAAUGAUAUACUGUUUAAAUUAAAUUAAUGCCAUGUUCAUAUUCGCAAAUUGUUACCGAAAUGACUAAAACAGCUUUACAGUACAUAAAAAUCACCACAGACAUAUUAAAAUUCACAUAUCUUGCAAUAUUUUGUAAUUUUGACAUAAAAAUUUCUUUUGUGAGAGAAACAAUGACUGAAACAUCAAUUUAUUGCGAAGAAAUUCGUUCAAAAAUUUGGAUGGAAAUCGCUUUUCUUUUUCACUGUCAGAUUUAUUUUUUUUUUUUUUUAUGCAUUCCAACGUUUUAAUCACAACUUAGAAUUAAAAAGUUUUUGCUUUACAGCUAAUGCCCCUUUAAACACUGUAUGUAAGCAUGGCAGAUCUUUUUACUGUGCAAUCUUAUUCAGGAUCCUCGCUAUAUAGGAGUUCAAAUUUUUCACUCAGUUUGACUCUAUAGAGAUUCUACAAAUUUCUUUCAUAUUGAAUUUUGUUAUAUUAAUUUCAUUUUGUUUAUGAAACAUUAUAGUGAUAAUACUUGUACUACAAUGACUUGGAUACAGAUGUUUCUAAGUGUGCUUUAUAUAUGUAUAUAUAUAUAUCUGGAUUGAAUUUUGCAAUUAGUUUACAGUUCGUAGACCUUUUGUUAACAAUCCAUAUCAUAGGGCACAUUGUCACAAGAUAUAUAGCAAGGAUUACUGGUUUAUAAAUAACAUGGGGGUAUUUAAAUCCUGGGGGGUGGGUCAUUUGAGUAAUUUUUUAAGGAGACCCUUGAUUUACGAUGACAGUCUGUAUUAUGAGUUUGAUAUCUGUUUUACUGACUUUCAAUAGAGUCCCCCAGAGUUCAGAUUUCAUAGAGGGGUCCCAGCAAAAUUGAAGUUUCAUGAUUUACUAGAUAUAUUUGUUGAAGUGGGUGUCAAUUUUGAUUUGGACAAGUAAUACAAAUGUACCUGGAAUGAUGUUUAUUUUGGGCCAAAGUGAGAUAAUUUUGUCUUACAUUUUAAAUGACUUUUUUUCGCUCCUCCAAAGUAACUGAUUUCUAAAAUCUACAUUUUACUGAAGCCAGUGAAGGUUUAAUGAUUUCUCUUGAAUUUUCUUUUGUUUUGUCUUGGAAAUGAGGAUAUCAAGAAUGGAUAUACUUUAAAGCAAGUCAGAUUUAUUGUAUUGUGUUGUAAAUUUCUUAACAAUUUUAAAUGUAUUCAGUUUACAUUAUGCUAUCUCAGUUCAGAGAAAAAUAAGGAAAUUUUUACUUUUACAGAGACCAGCAACUAUGGGUUUAUGUAUAUUAAAUGAAAUUAGGUUUCUUUUUUUUUAUUUUAAUAUUAGUCCAAAGAUGGCGUAAAAGCAUUUAGUUGAGGAUGUUAUAUUAGACCAAAAAAAGGGUAAAUAUACGUUGCAUUUUCAUUUCAUUCAUCGCAUGUAUUUCAGUAUCUCGAGUCUGUACAAGUUAAAAAUUUUGUUACAUGUAUAUAAAGAGGGAUAACUCUUACGUAGUGUUUCUCUUUAACAGGGUAAGAUUGUUUUUGAAUUGUUGUACACAAGUGUACCUGUAAAAAUUAUAAUAAAAAUUACAAAUAUAAAAA